AUGAUCAAAACCCGCAUCCAGCUCUCUCCUUCAUCAGGCGCCACCCCGAUCGCCGUCGCCCGCAACGUCCUCGCCAACGGCUCCUUCCUGGACUUCUACACCGGCCUUUCCGCCGCCCUAUUGCGCCAGCUCGUCUACGGGACUUCCCGGUUGGGGUUCUUCUUCACGUUCGAGGAGAAGCUCAAGGCGCGCGCCGCGAGGAAUGGGACCGUGUAUGGCUUCAAGGAGCGCGCCGCGGCGGGGCUUGCGGCUGGUGGGUUGGGCGCUACGAUCGGGAACCCAACUGAGGUUGCACUGAUUCGGAUGCAGAGUGAUGGACUGCUGCCCGCGGCGCAGCGCGCGAAUCACAAGUCUGCGUUUCAUGCGUUGGGGAGUAUUGUCCGGAAUGAGGGUGUGAGGGCGUUGUGGAGUGGUGCCUACCCGACUGUGAUCCGCGCGAUGGCGCUGAAUGUGGGCCAGUUGGGAUUCUUUUCGGAGUCGAAGCAUCAGAUUGCGAAGCACACGAGUGCGGGUCCGCAGGUGCAGACGGUGGCGGCGAGUUUUGUGGCGGGGUUCUUUGCGAGUGCUUUCAGUUUGCCGUUUGAUUUUGUCAAGAGUCGGUUGCAGAGUCAGAGGAAGGGGGCGGAGGCGAGGUAUGCGGGAAUGGCGGAUUGUUUUGUCAAGGUUGCGAGGGAGGAGGGGUUGGGGAGGCUCUACAGGGGGUUUGGGACGUAUUUCAUGCGGGUUGCACCGCAUACUGUUAUUGCGCUGAUUGUGGCCGACAACUUGAACAAGUGGGUCAAGGGCUAA